AUGGCGGACAAAAGUUCGAAGCCGGAAAUAAAUUCAGGAGACGCCAUUGUCGUUGCUACCGAGGGUCACUCUUCAUCAAUCCGACCACAAUUCGGCCAACGUAUUAUCGACAGUUUUAAAAGAGAUCCCCAAUCAUUCACAAAAGAUCUGAAUGAGUCUCAUGAACUUGAAAAUGGGCCACAUAAUGCUCCAGAGCCGCCGCUCCAACGCCGUCUUAAAACCCGUCACGUUCAAAUGAUUGCAAUUGGCGGCUCCAUUGGAACUGGUCUUUUUGUGGGCUCUGGUAGUACGUUAGCAACCGGAGGACCAGCUUCUAUCCUCAUCGCCUAUACACUAAUCGGUUGCAUGCUAUUCUGCAUGAUGAAUGCCCUUGGCGAGAUGGCGGUUAUUUUCCCUGUCAGCGGUUCAUUCGCACAAUAUGCCACCCGAUUUCUGGAUCCGGCCUGGGGUUUCGCUAUGGGCUGGAUGUAUGUUUUUUCCUGGUUGGUUACUUUGCCAUUGGAAAUUGUCGCCGCGUCAAUCACGAUCGAGUACUGGAAUCCGGGUGUUUCCAGUGCCGUGUGGGCCGCUAUAUUUUGGUUGGUGAUUAUCAGUAUCAAUCUCUUUGGCGUCAGAGGAUACGCCGAGGCCGAAUUCGUGCUUUCGAUAAUUAAAAUCAUUGCGAUCAUUGGUUUCAUAAUUCUUGGAAUCAUUCUGAAUUGCGGCGGUGGGCCUCAGGGUCAUUAUAUAGGUGGUCAAUACUGGCAUAACCCUGGGGCUUUUAAUAACGGUUUCAAGGGUCUUUGCAAUGUCUUUGUCACGGCCGCAUUUGCCUUCGCAGGCACCGAGCUCGUGGGCCUUACAGCUGCGGAAACCGAAAAUCCUCGUAAAGCCAUUCCAAAGGCUACAAAGCAAGUAUUCUGGAGGAUAUUGCUGUUCUUCAUCGUCUCACUUAUUAUAAUCGGGCUUUUGGUUCCAUAUACCGAUUCAAGGCUUGUUAGUGGAUCUUCUAGUGCUGAUGCGCAUGCCUCUCCAUUUGUCAUUGCGAUCGAGGAUGCGGGUAUAUCUAGUCUUCCGUCCGUGGUGAAUGUGGUAAUUCUAGUUGCCGUCCUAUCUGUUGGCAAUUCCUCCGUCUACGGCGCAUCUCGCACCUUAUCCUCUCUCGCGGAACAGGGCCAAGCGCCUCGUUUUCUUGCAUAUAUUGACCGAAAGGGCCGCCCCAUCUUGGCUAUAGCCUUGACAUCUACCUUUGGAUUACUUUGCUUUCUCGCUGCAUCGGAUAAGCAGACACUUGUCUUCGAGUGGUUAAUGGCAAUUGUGGGCCUGGGUGAGAUCUUUGUCUGGGGCUCGAUUUGCCUGUGCCAUGUUCGAUUUCGCCAGGCUUGGAAAUACCAGGGUCGGCAUUUGGAUGAGUUGCCAUUUCGUUCUCAGUCUGGUUCACGUGAUCGUCCCGCUUUUGGAGGCGAGGCACGUGCCCGCGGGGGUCCAGAAGGGGAAUACAGAUUGGACCCAAACUCCGCGAUCCAAGAACAAGAAAUAAACACAAACCAACCCACCAAAAUGGUUUACUACGUUCGAUACCUCAAGCUGCCCAAAUGGGAGAAGAAAAAGAAAGGCAGCGGGUACGAAUACUACAUAUCUACCUUGAUCACCAUCACCAAUGACCUGGGCAACGACUUUCUCGCCGAGGAUGUGGAGCUUUGCUACACAUGGGUGCGCCAUCCCCAGCUUCAAAUUAAAGCCCAGCAGCUGGAUGAAUGGGAGGCCGGUUCGCGCCAAUUGCCUGUCAUUAUGGGUCCAUUCACGGCCAACAUGGUCGGUGAUGGCGAGUCCUGUUUCAAGGCCCAGGUUCUCAAGAUUGGGGAAGAUCGACUCAAGACCAAUGAAGCUCCUUUGGUAGUUGCGGGAUUCAGUGCGCCAUUUUCUAAAUCCAAGGGUGCGCCGAAGUUGGUUGAGCGCCAGUUCUAUGUUGGCGAUGAGCGGAGUACUCGUUUUAAGAUCUGGGAAGAGACGGGUAAUAGCAUUGCGCGACACCUUUGGGAUGCGGCCCUCGCCUCGAUCAUGUUCCUCAACGAUGUGACCAAGGGUGCUGAUGUUGGCAUGUCUGCCCUCAGCCAGCUUCUCACCAGCCCUCGAAGCUCGCCACUCCAGGUUGUUGAGCUGGGCACUGGCUGCGGAAUGGUGGGUAUAGGUCUGACUACAAUGAUAGAAAACUGCGAAGUUCUCUUGACAGAUAUGCCUGAGGCGGAGGAGAUUGUUCAGCGGAACCUGGACCAAUCCAAGCCCAAGGCCAACUCUGUCGCGAAAUUCCAGACUCUCGACUGGGCUGAGCCGCCAUCCGAGCUGUGCGACAAGCCAUUGGACCUGAUCUUGGUCUCCGACUGUACUUAUAACUCGGAUAGCCAGCCAGCCCUGGUUUCCUGUCUAGAGCGACUGGUCCGGAGUUCCCCGGACGCAGUGGUUCUAGUGGCUCUAAAGCGUCGACACGAGAGCGAGGCUGUGUUUUUCGAUUUAAUGACAAAGGCCGGCUUUGUUUCCCAGCAGGCAAAUGUCAAACUGCCUGCCCAACAUGAUGAAUCGGACGAGAUCCAAAUGUACAGCUACCGGCGCCGGGCCGAGUAG